AUGGUGCAGAUUGGAGGGUCAGCGCAGCGGCUCUGCAGAACGAUGCUGCAGUGCUACAGCCUGGAUUCUCUGAUAACGAUGCAGUCAUGCAAGGAUGACUACUCAGCCACAUGGCGCACUAUAGCCAUCUGGGCAUUCAUCAUUGAGCUCAGAACUCGGCUAUUUUUCAUCGACCAAGCCUGGAGCUACCCUGGUGGCAUGACGCCUGAAAAGAAGAGUGCAGCACAACGGCGGUUAGCUGCGUGGACGAGGGAGAACCUUCUAGCCUUGGGCCCAACGUUCAUCAAGCUGGGUCAGCUCUUUUCGACAAGAUCGGACCUCUUUCCUGCAGAGGUCACUGAGGAGCUUUCCUUGCUGCAAGACCGUGUUCCAGCCUUCAGCCCAGAGAGGGCCGUCAGCACAAUAGAGCAGGAGCUGGGCGCUCCUGUGACCCAAUUGUUCCGCUCCUUUGACCGGGAUCCCAUCGCAGCCGCCAGCUUGGGACAGGUGCACAGAGCAGUCUCGCACAGCGGGGAGCAGGUUGUGGUGAAGGUGCAGCGGCCGGGCCUGCAGCGCCUUUUUGACAUCGAUCUGGCGCAGCUGCGCACUGUGGCAACCCAGCUGGACGCGGGGGAGGACGGCCGGGACUUCUCUGGCAUCUACGCGGAGUGCGAGACUAUCCUGCGACAGGAGAUCGACUACAUUGCCGAGGGGCGCAACGCCAACAGGUUCAGGCGCAACUUCCGGGGGUUGCCGUGGGUGAAGUCCCCCAAGAUUUACUGGGGGCUCACCACAGCCAAGGUGCUGACGAUGGAGUACCUGCCCGGCAUCAAGAUCUCGGCUGCCGCGGCGCUGCGCUCGGCCGGCAUUGACACGGCGCUCGUAGCGCGGCGAGCGACGGAGUCCUAUCUCAUGCAAGUACUGCGUCACUCCUUCCUGCACAGCGAUCCGCAUCCUGGCAACGUCAUGGUCGACACAGACGGGAGUCUCAUCUUUGUAGACUUUGGGAUGAUGAGCGAGAUCAGCUCCGGGAGGAGGGAAAGUCUUGUGGAGCUGUUCUAUGCCGUGUACCGAGCGGAUGCAGACGGCGUGCUCGCUGCUCUGAUAGACCUCAACAUCAUCGUGCCCACCGCGGACGCUCUGUCCCUGCGCCGCGCCAUUGCCUUCGGCCUCGACAACCUCAUGCGCAAGGUGGAUGAGAAGGAAGCAGUGGCGGGCAUCGGGGAGGAUCUGUUUGCUAUUGCGCUGGAUCAGCCGUUCAGGUUCCCGGCCUCGUUCACUUUUGUGCUGCGCGCAUUCACCACCCUCGAGGGCUUCGGCCGCACUCUGGACCCCAACUACAAGUUUGCUGCUGUCGCGCAGCCCUAUGCCCUGGAGCUGCUUCAGUUGCAGGAUGCCCAGGCGCGGCAGGACUUUGUGCUGGACCAGAUGCAAAGGGAGGCUGUCAAGGUCGGCAGUGCGGCAAUGGCAAUGCCAGGUCGCGUGGAAAAGAUAGACGAGACCCUGCAGCAGCUCAGGGGCGGUGACUUGAAGCUGCGUGUCCGCGCCUUGGAGCUGGAGCGAGCUGCGCGCAGAUCCAGCAUCCUGCAGGGUGCCACUAUGAGUGCCAUCGCAGGGGGCACCCUGGUGAAUCUUGGCUCCCAGCUGAUCAUCAGUGGGCAGUCAGGUGUGGGGGGGACCCUGUUGGCUGGAUCGGCGGUCUUCGGGGCCCUCGUGUGGCGGGCAUUCUGGCGAGUCAAGCGCAUUGACAGAUUUGAAAAGAAUAUUCGGGGAUGACCAACAGGGGCUGCAUCGCAAAGUGAAACAGUCAUUUGCGGUAGUUGAUUACUUAAAUAUUGAAAGUGCACUGAAAUUCUUUAUUUUCUUUGGACCAAAUUGUUGUGCGCGUUGCUGUGGGUACUCUGACCCAUUACAAGGAGACUACCUUGCAAGGAAUGUCAUCAAAUGAUUGCGAACCAAGACUUGUUUGAUAUGCAUCCAUCAGAAU